CUCAAUGAUAAAAUUCUUAGCCAUUUAAAUAAUGGUCACUUUGAAUGCGAUUUAAUCACAUUUAACUCAAACAACAAUUUGUGUCCAAUCAUAAGACGCGCCAACUUUUCAAUUCCAAUAUCCAAAGGCAUUGGUCUCGAAAUAAACUAUGGAAACAGUCUUUUAGAUCAGUCUUCGAGACGAGAGUUGUUUGCAUUCUCACAGCUUUUGGUCGAAAAGACUAAAUCAAGAAAUAUCAUACUCUCUUCGGCAGCGGAGACCAGCUUUGCAUUGAGGGCUCCCAAAGAUGUCACUUAUUUAGGUUUAAUGUUCGGCUUAAACGGAGACCAAAGCAAAGCCGCUGUUUUCCGAAAUCCAACCAAAGUGUUAAAGCAUUCAGAAAUCCGUAAAAAUGUAAAUAUGGGAACAAUUUGUAUG